GUGCGCCCCUAUGGUCACUGCGGUAAAUUGCAGCCGCAGUCCUCCUGAGUUCACUGCUGCGUCUUCAGAGAACCGAUUCCACAUGAUCGGAGUGAUUCCUCCUGUCAGCCAGGCUACAGCUGUGCGCAGCAUUUUGUGGGUCAGCGCAGGUUUGCAGCAGUUUGCUCUGUUUGGAUGUUGUUUACUGCUUUUUCGAGGCACUGAAGAUAUUUUUCACUGGCUGUAAUUUUUUCUGAUCUGCGAAGACAAUUCAGGAGAAACAUUCAGGGAGGUCCCUGAAUCUUCCUUUAGUUUUGGUUUAUCCGAGUUUCUCUGAGUCACCGGCUGCAGAGGGGAACUGCGUAAGUCUGAGUUCAUGCCGGACUUUGAGCAUUUCCGAUUCUCCUACUCGAGCAUGAAUCCGGUUCUCGGGGAGAGCGGCUUCCUGGCUCCGCAUCCGCAGCAUCACUACAUGACGGGUCAAAGUGACCCGGAACCGAGCUACUUCCUGGGUGACCACGGGGGAUUCGGGCCGGAUGGGUUCGGGUUGGAUUUGGGAGCCUGGCCUCCGUCUGCCCCGGCGUACCUGCACUUGAGCAGCCCCCUGCGCCGCGUGCCCCCAGCGGCGCUGCGCAACGACCUGGGAUCCAACAUCAGCGUGCUGAAGACCCUGAACCUGCGCUUCCGCUGCUUCCUGGCGAAAGUGCACGAGCUGGAGCGCAGGAACAAGGUUCUAGAGAAGCAGCUGCAGCAGGCCUUGGAGGACAACAUCACAGGGGAGGGGCUCCAGAGGCCAAAGACCAAAGAUAUGGGGGUCCAGACUGGAUUUAUUGGGCCCAUUCCAGCCAGAGCUAGUCUUAUUCCGCCCUAUCACGCUUCACCCUUCCUUCCUGGGGGGUUUCUCUCUCCCACCCUUAAACCUCCAUCACUGUUCCUGAGUGGAAAUAACGUCAACAUGAUGGACUCCAACUCCAACCAUAUCAUGCCCGGCGACCCCGUCAACACGGCACAGAGUCCGGGCAAGGCCCCACCAACCAACUUCAACGCUCCCCCUCCCAGUUCAAAAACCAACAACCCCCCCUCUUCAGCGCAACACUUCUACCCGGAAACCACCUGGACCUUCAACCACAUGCGCCGCUUUGGGACGGGGCGGGAACCGUGCGUCACAGGGCCCGGGCUCCCCUGGAUGCACCAGGAUGGAGUUGGAGUCCAGGUCGACACGAUCACACCUGAGAUCCGGGCUCUUUACAACGUUCUGUCCAAGGUGAAAAGAGAAAGGGAUGAGUACAAGAGAAGAUGGGAGGAAGAGUGCACAGCCAGAAUGGACCUGCAAGAGAAAGUGGCAGAGCUUGAGGAGGAGCUGCAGGAGAGUGAAGUGUGUCAGGAUGAGCUGGCUUUCAAAGUGAAGCAGCUCAAAGCGGAUCUUGUUCUCUUUAAAGGACUCAUGAGCAACGACAUGUCAGAUCUGGACAGUAAGAUCCAGGAAAAGGCCAUGAAGGUGGACAUGGAUAUCUGCCGGCGUAUCGACAUCACGGCUCGCCUCUGCGACGUAGCCCAGCAGAGGAACAGUGAGGAUGUGAUCCCGAUCUUCCAGGUGCCCACGCCUCCCUCCUCUCUAAAUCGCCGCACCAGGAACAGGAGUGGGCAGUCGCUGAAGGACGGGGACGGAGAUGAACUGAGCGUGUCCGAGAGCGAAGGAGGCGGUGCCAAAAAGGAGGACUUGAGCAGCUCCUCGGCCGAUCAGAUCAACGAGCAGAUGCAUAGGAUGCUGAACCAGCUGAGGGAGAGUGACUUUGAGGACGACUGCGACAGUCUGGCCUGGGAGGAAAGCGAAGACACGCUUCUGCUGUGGGAGGAUUUUCCUGGAUGCUCUUUUGGGAUGGAAACACAGGGAGAGGACGAGUCCAUCGAGAAGGUGAUCAAUGACACAGAGUCUCUGUUUAAGUCCAGAGAGAAGGAAUAUCACGACACCAUCAACCAGAUAGAGCUGGAACUAGCCACUGCCAAGAGUGACAUGAACCGUCACCUGCAUGAGUACAUGGAGAUGUGCUCCAUGAAGAGAGGCCUGGAUGUCCAAAUGGAGACCUGCAGGAGACUCAUCACGCAGAGUGGGGACAGGAAGUCUUCGCCUCUCGUCACACUGACUGCGGAGGAUUCUGACUGCGAGGAGAAGGAGAGGAAGAAGCCACCUCUAACUGCCAACCUUGAGGGCAGCGACUGCUGCUGCAACAUCAACACUGCCAUCCCCCUGGUGUCCUGGAGGAAACCCUGACACACAAACACACAGCAGGUGACAUCAUUCACCAACCAGAAAGCUGAACUUGAUGUCAACAUUUAAAGCAAUGUGAGAAAUUCUUGCAAAGAUGCUGCAUCUAUGAAAUCUGCCCUCCUGUGGUUAUUUGUGGGAAUUUCACUGGAUGGCGAAGAAAAUAUUUAUUUUGCAAUAUUGUUGUGUGAAUUUGUAAAUAGGAUGGAUUACAGAAUUCACGCUGAGCUCUCUGUUUAGUUCAGAAAAUGGUCAUUUGCACAGUUUUUUUUUUUUCAAAUCUAAGGCAGGACAGCAUGAAGAAAGCACUUUACAUGGACUCCUGUAAACUACAGGGUUCAGUAUGAUGUGUCUUAAUGAUUUUUUUUUAUGUGUCAAGCUUGGUUUUAUAAUAGAAUCUCUUCUUCAGUGGAGACUUGUGAGAGUUUAUGGUAACAAGUAAUACAUGCAAUAACGUUUUUUUUUAGCUAAACCUGCCUUAAACAAUGUACUCAGCAUUUUAGAUUAAUCUCAGUUUAUGAAAAAAUUAUAUACCUGUGUGUGUAUAUAUAUAUAUAUAUAUAUAUAUAUAUAUAUAUAUAUAUAUAUAUAUAUAUAUAUAUAUAUAUAUAUAUAUAUAUAUAUAUAUAUAUAUAUAUAUAUAUGACAUUUGCUAUUUUAUUUUAACAGAAGCUUCUUUGAUGUGCUUCUUUGUAUCAGUACAAAUCUAUAUCAAUGAAUAGACUCAACUGAGGCAAUGUUUACGUUUUACAGUAAAAGUGAAUAAUUUAGGUCUUUAAAUGCUGUUUCUGUUGUUUUGUCAAGCUUGAAAUUAAAAUUUUAUUGUAAGGAAAAGAGGGAAAAUGGGGAGAAGGUUAGGACACAAUGAUGGUCGACGUGUUGGACAAUAGGAAAGGAUGUAUUAACCAUUUUACUGGGAAAAAUACUUAAAAAUAUUUCUAUUUUAUAAUUCCUUUAUGCUUGUAAAGAGUAUUUUUCAAUUCAAUUUUAUUUGUAUAGCCGAAAUUCACAACAACAGUCGUCUUGAUGGGCUUCGUAUCGUAUCUCCAGUAAAUCAAAUCUCAGCUAUCAGGAGGAUGAGUUACAGCUUUCUAAGAAUAGGAAAAGAGGUCUGCGUGUCUCCAUCCAGCAAUGAGCCACAAACUAAAGUCUGGAGUUACUUGAAAUUCAAAAUCACAAAACACCAAUAACAUAAUCACCACUCUGUUAAAACCUCAAUGAGCAGCUUUAAAAGGGGAUGGUGGGGACAAGGAUGGAAUAAAUAAAUGCUUUUAGUAGCACAAAACAAGAUUAAAACUUGCUGCUUAGGUUGAAACCACAUAUUUCUAAAGAUGCAUAUUUCUUGUUUUUCUUGAAAAGAAUCUAAAAAAUAAGACAUUUUUAGGAACAGAAAUUUAUUUUGAAAACAGACCUUCUGUUAUUCAUAAAACAUAUAUUAGGUUAACUACAAGACAGUUUUUUUAAUACAAAAUUAAUGUUUGAAAAUAGUGAAUAAAAAGGCAAGAAAAUACAAGAGCUUCUAAAAUUAUUUUUUUCUGAAAUGACUUCAAAAUUUUACUUUUUCAGUUCGUAGUACUUUAUCUUUAUUUAUUUACUCAUUUAUGUAUGUAUUUAUUUAUUUUUGUCUGUGCUUUUAAGUAAACAUAUUAAUUUGCCUUUUUAUAUUUUACAGCAUGAAAAGCAAAAUAUUAUGAUGGCACUGAUCUACAAAUGCUGCAAGCUUCAUGUUUUUUCUUUUUGCUUUACAUCACUCUGUUUAGCAACCUGUUAGAUGUUUGGGAUUUGAGAAAAUCUGCUUCAGCUUCAGUGGAACCGCUAGAGGUUUGAGGUGUGAAUUCCACAGCUUCAUCACUUCUUCACUUGUUGGAAGUUCAGACAUUCACUUCAACAUUUACAUCUGUAACACAACCAGACGCUGCUGCACCACAGCAUCGUCACAUCACAGCAACGUUGCUCAGUAGCAUCACAGAAAAUAGACGUCAGAGGUUUAGCAGUUGAGUCCAAAGCAAUUCAUUCUGUAAUCGUUUGUGAAACUUUAAAUGUCUGUUUGUUCUCUAAAACGUCUAGAUAUCCAAUGACUGAAAGUGCUUUAUUUGAAAAUAAACAUAUGGAUUGGCAUUUUUUCUUGAUCUAAUCUAAAUGGUUGACUCCAAUCAUGCAGGUUGAGUUCUCAGCAGGAAAAACGGGGACUGUUGUGCUUUAGAACCUGUUGGUGAAUUGUUUUCAUUUGUGUUUGAUGAGAAAUGUCAGAAUAAACAUUUGAAACAUGUCA